AUGCCGCCAGAAUCCAAAAGUACCUGCACCUCCUGCAAUAAUACGACGGCAAAUUGUCAGAGUAUUCUGAAGCAAGUGAUACUUUCUCUUGAAAAUGCAUCCGAGGUUUAUCGGAAAUUGGUUCCUUUUGUGAGGAGAUCUCAUGAGAGAUAUUUGCUGGGCGAUGAUGUAUAUGUGGUGGAGGGGCAGUUGAGGAGGGCGUUGAAGAGGCUGGGUGAAGUUGAUAUUACUUCGGAGGAUGGGGGAAGGAUAUUAAGUGAAUUGGUUGGCCGAGAUGGAAGUGCCAGGUUAGGAGAUUUACCUCUUUUUAAAGUGGCUAAGGAUGAGAAGGAGAAAAUCGAUGGGACGGAAGGAUUGAAAAGAGAGACUAGAACGAGUUUUUCGAUAUUGAAUCUUGACACUAUGUUUUCGGACAUCAAGAUUCCAUUUGUGGAUUCAGCGGUAGAACUUAGGAGUUCGGGGAUGAUUGAUCAAGUUCUAUUGGAUGAUGAUAUCAUGGUUUUUGUGGAGGAAGGUUGUGAGCAAGAGGACAUUGACACAGAAAGGUAUAUGGAAUUAGCACCUGUGCCAACUCACAUCACCCCUGAAUAUCCUUACCUUCUGAAGGCCAUUCGUUUAUGGUUAGAAGGAUUCUUCGACACGAAGGAAGAUUCUCUAGGUAUUCCAGAGUCUAUGGUUAGUCAGCUUGCUGGAUUUGAGAAAGACUUUGGACUCGAUAGAUUACCAACAACAAGCUGUGUAUGGAACCCCGAUUACCAAAGACAGCGGAACGAAGUAUGGACGACAGUGUCAUUCUGGGGACCAAAUCAACGGCCCAAAUGCAUAUGUGAACCUGAGGACCUUAAUGGGGACGGGUCUUAUCAUACAAAUCAUUGGAAGGAUCCUUAUUGUCCGAUGAACAUGCCGAUAGAUUUGGAUUCACCUUCAGUGAAGUAUGCAUGGAAUUACUCGACACGGCGAUGGAUUUAUCAUAGGGGCCCUGGAGCAAUAAUAGGGCCACCACCUCCUCCACCACCUAAUUUCCCAAGACAUGACGAUAAUGCAUCUGAUUCAGGCUCAGAUAUGGAUUCAGAGACGGAUGAACAAGCCGCUGAGAGAAUUCAGCGAUUAAAAAAAGAGAGAGCAGAAGAAGCAGAAAAGGCUUGGGAAGAAAUCAUGGGUAUGACUGGUUUGAGGGGGGUGAAGGAGCACGUGCGGAAGUUAAAAGCUAAGGUUGAAAGUUCGAUUCGGCAGAAUAUCGAUUUGAAAGAGGAGAGGUUUGGUGCAGUUUUUAUGGGUAAUUCGGGCACUGGAAAGACCACCAUGGCCAAAAUUUAUGCCAAAUACCUCUAUUCCAUGGGCAUCAUUCAACGGGAUGAAGUAAUUGAAACAACAGGGACUUAUCUCUCUGACGGUGGCAUUGAAAGGACAAAACGAUAUAUUGAUAGACUAGCUAGUGGUGGUGUGAUGUUUAUCGAUGAUGCAAUGACGCUGGACGAUUAUAGCAACGGUACCAAGAUUCUCGAUUUCCUCUUCCAGGAAAUUGAUCACAUGAAAGGAUCUGUAGUUUUCAUUCUUGCCGGACAUGAAAAAGGAAUGCGGAAACUAUUAGGUCAUGGAACAAAGAGUGUCACCAGCUUGCUUCCCAACGUUCUUACCUUUGACGAUUUUUCGGAGUCAGAAUUACUUGAAAUCCUAAGCUCAUGUAUCAAGAAGAAAUUUGACGGGAAAAUGGAAGUUGAGGGUGGAUAUGAUGGGCUUUAUAUGCGAAUUGCCGCAAAGAGGGUGAGUAGAACGAGAGGCGGCUCCCAAUUUGGUAAUGCCAGAGCUGUGGAGAAUCUCGUUGCUCAAAUUUGGGAGAGACAGUCUGCUAGAUUGUCUAAGGUUCGGAAAGAAAGGGCUACCAAAGCCGCUGAAGACGAAGCUAAAAAAAAGAAACUGGACGAAGAGAGGGUCGCAAAAGAGAGCGAUAUUCGCGAGCAGAAGACUGGAGACGACACGAAUGACAAACCCCUGGAAGAAGAAAAAUCUGGCCUAGAGCAGAAUUCUGGUAUAGCAAAGAAUAACGCACAGGUAGCUGGCCAAGGAGACAAGAUAGAAGCGACAAAUGAUUCGAGUAUUUUUGUUGUAAAAGAAAACCCCGAUACAUCUAAAGAUGGAAAGACAAGCAAGAGCGGAGAGAUGACGGAAGCAACAGGAAAAUUACUUCGUGAGAAAUUGUCAAUGAAUGAUCAUAGUGAAGCAGAAGUUUUGGAACUUCCGGCGCAGGGCAUUUUAGCGAGUGAAAAAAAGACGAAAGAGAAAUCCAUUGUUGUGGUUUUAGAACCAGCAGAUCUAGAGUCGCCUGAAAUUAUUGCAGAAUCAAACUCUGUAGAAGAAAUAAAAUCAGAGGAGCCAAAGCCAGACGAAGACACUACAUUGUUGGCCAAGACAGAAGUCGUGGUAGAUGAGACAGCACCGAUAGAGGAAACAGUGCCGACGAGCACUGAAACUGAUGGGCAGUUCAAACAAGUAGAUGAGGAAUCUUUAAAGGUCGAAAAUUGCACCGAGGAUGAAGCUGAAAAGAACGAGACACCUGAGGGAGAUAAAUCGUCAGCUGAAGCACAGGAAUCACCCGAGAAAGGUUCGGAUGCUCCAUCUGACACAGAAGAAAUGCCAAAAAUAGACCCGGAAGACCUUCUAUUUACAAAAGAAGAUAUACUCGGUCCUGAUCCCUCUACUGCUAUUUUAAACAGCGAGGCUUGGCAAGAACUGCAAAAACUGAUUGGUUUAGAAAAGGUUAAAACAUCUCUGCUUACACUCCUCGAGCUUGUUAAGACAAACUAUCAACGAGAGCUAGAAGAAAAACCUCUGCAUCAAUUCACCCUCAACCGCUUAUUCUUGGGACCAGCUGGAACUGGUAAAACCGUGGUUGCGAAGUUGUACGCUAAGAUUCUUGGCGAGAUUGGUGUUCUUUCGAAGGGCGAGGUGAUUUUCCGAAAUCCAAGUGAUUUGAUCGGACAGUAUAUCGGAGACUCGGAAGCUAAUACUAAAGCUGCGCUUAAUGCUGCCCGGGGCAACGUGUUGGUCAUCGAUGAAGCAUACAUGAUGUAUAGUGGAAAUUCUGAUGGCACCGGUAAUGAGAGCGACUCGUUCAGACAAGGAGUGAUUGAUACUCUGGUCGCUGAAGUACAAGGAAAUCCUGGUGAGGAUCGGUGUGUUCUGUUGCUAGGAUAUAAAGAACCAAUGCUAGAGAUGCUCAAUCACUCGAAUCCUGGUUUGAGUCGAAGGUUCCCUGUCGAAAAUGCAUUUUCAUUUGAGAAUUUUUCUAUUGAUGAAUUGGAAAAAAUACUUCGCUCCAAAUUAGAACACCAUGUUCUUGAAGCCACAGAAGAAGCUAUCAAGGUUGCGAUGGAUGUUCUUCAAAAAGCAAGCACUAGAUUGAAUUUUGGAAAUGGUGGAGAAGUAGAAAACUUGAUUGCUUCUGCUAGAACCAACUACCAGCUGAGGAUGUCAAAAAUUCCAGUAGAAGAAAGGUCUGCUAAAUGGGUAUUCCAGCCAGAAGAUUUUGACCCCGAAUAUGAUAGGGGUAGGUCGGCAAAUGCCAACCUUCAGAAACUUUUCAGCGACGUCAUUGGGUGUGAGAAUAUUGUUAAACAACUGGGACAAUACCAAAACGUCUGUCAGGCCAUGAAAGCAAGAAAUAUAGAUCCGAGACAGUAUAUCCCGACAAAUUUCGUCUUCAAAGGACCACCGGGAACUGGCAAGACAACUACAGCACGCAAGUUUGCAAAGGUAUAUUAUGACAUGGGAUUUCUCUCCGACGAAACAGUAAUCGAAUGCUCAGCCAGCGACCUCAUCGGAAAAUACGUCGGACAUUCCGGACCAAAAACAGCCAAAGUUCUAGAAAAAGCCCUAGGAAAAGUCUUAUUUAUCGACGAAGCCUACCGUCUAGCUCCCCACACCGAAAACUACAGUUUCACAUCCGAAGUAGUAUCCGAGCUCGUCGACCUCCUAACCAAACCCAAAUUCCACGGAAAUCUAAUCGUCAUCCUCGCCGGCUACGAAGACGAAAUAAAUUCCCUCCUAGCCGCAAACUCCGGUCUCGCAUCCCGUUUCCCAGACGAAAUGAAUUUCCCCGCUCUAACUCCUCUCCAUUGUCUCCAAAUACUAGAAAUAAAAUUACAGCUUGCGGGAAUCGCUAUUCCCAUUCUAAAACAUACGCAGCAGAGGGAAUAUGAACAUUUGCUGCGAUUAAUGACGUUGCUUACUGCAACGCAUGGUUGGGGGAAUGCGAGGGAUGUGGAUACGUUGGCGAAAGGGAUUUGUAGGUCUGUGUUUUUGGAUAUGCAAAUGCUGGAUCAGGGUGAGGAUGAGGGGGACUUGGUUUGUAAGACCGAGGUUGCGACGUUGGCUGUGGAGGUUAUGUUGCUUGAGAGGAGGAGGAGGGCUUAUAUGGUGGUGGCGCCGCCGAGAGCAUAA